AGAGAGAGAGAGAGAGAGAGAGAGAGAGAGAGAGAGAGAGAGAGAGAGAGGCGCACGGGACAGGAGCAUACCGGUCGGACUCGGAAGUCGCGAGGAUGGAGAUCCGUCCGGACCGUUUUAAGGCUCAGGCAGGAAAAACUUUGGGAAAAAUACACAGACUCCUCGAGAAACGGCAGCAGAAUGGUGAGACUAUCGAGCUGUCAGCUGAGGGCCGUCCGGAGCUGGUGGAGGAGAAGGAGCUUCCCAUCGUGGACUGCACGUGUUUCGGGAUGCCUCGUCGUUACAUCAUCGCCAUCCUGUCAGGCCUGGGCUUCUGCAUCUCGUUCGGCAUCCGCUGUAACCUGGGUGUGGCCAUCGUCAGCAUGGUCAACGACCACACGGUGUACUACGGAAAGAAACCUGUCAUAGUGGAGGCUCAGUUCACAUGGGACCCCGAGACAGUAGGGAUGAUACAUGGCUCAUUCUUCUGGGGUUACAUCGUUACGCAAAUCCCCGGGGGAUUCAUAUGCCAAAAGUUUGCCGCUAACAGGGUGUUUGGCUUUGCCAUUGUGGCCACGUCAACGCUGAAUAUGCUGAUCCCAGCAGCAGCAAGAGUUCACUAUGGGUGUGUUAUCAUGGUCAGGGUUUGCCAGGGGCUUGUGGAGGGCGUGUCAUAUCCUGCAUGUCACGGCAUCUGGGCCAAAUGGGCUCCGCCUCUUGAAAGAAGUCGAUUGGCAACAACAGCAUUCUGUGGUUCAUAUGCCGGAGCUGUUGUUGCAAUGCCUUUGGCUGGAGUCUUAGUCCAAUACACCGGAUGGUCCUCAGUGUUUUAUGUGUAUGGGACUGUUGGGAUAUUCUGGUAUCUUUUCUGGAUUUUGGUUUCCUAUGAGAGUCCAGCUGCUCAUCCAACCAUCUCACCAGAGGAGAGGAAGUAUAUUGAGGAUGCCAUCGGGGAAAGCACUGGCCUGGUCAACCCUCUGCAGAAAUUUAACACUCCCUGGCGACACUUCUUUACCUCAAUGCCGGUGUAUGCCAUCAUUGUGGCCAACUUUUGCAGAAGCUGGACAUUCUACCUGCUCCUCAUCAGCCAGCCCGCUUACUUUGAGGAGGUGUUUGGCUUUGAAAUCAGCAAGGUGGGGAUGGUGUCUGCACUUCCUCAUUUAGUGAUGACCAUCAUUGUGCCAAUCGGAGGACAACUUGCCGACUACCUGAGAACACAUAAUAUAAUGACCACAACGAAUGUCCGUAAACUCAUGAACUGUGGAGGGUUUGGAAUGGAAGCCACUCUACUCUUGGUUGUUGGUUUCUCACAUACCAAAGGAAUAGCCAUCUCCUUCCUUGUACUAGCUGUUGGCUUCAGUGGAUUUGCAAUAUCAGGGUUUAAUGUGAAUCAUCUUGAUAUUGCUCCACGUUAUGCCAGUAUCCUGAUGGGAAUCUCUAAUGGAGUGGGAACUUUGUCAGGAAUGGUGUGUCCUCUCAUAGUUGGAGCUAUGACCAAACAUAAGACACGUGAAGAGUGGCAAUAUGUCUUCCUCAUUGCAGCACUGGUGCAUUAUGGGGGUGUGAUCUUUUAUGGGAUCUUUGCAUCCGGUGAGAAGCAGCCAUGGGCGGAUGCUGAGAAUACCAGUGAAGAGAAGUGUGGCAUUCUGGGAGAGGACGAACUGGCCAACGAAACGGAAGAGCUGUACAGGACUGGUGGACAGUAUGGAGCUAUAAACAAUCCCCAUGCUGGUGGUCCGAAUGGAGGAGGUUCUGGGGCAGGAUGGGUAUCAGACUGGGAUAAAACAGAAGAAUAUGUUCACCCAGUCGGGACAAAUAGUUAUUUAUAUGCCGGAGAGGGAGAGAGAAAGAGAGCUCACAUAGUGGGAAGAAACAAAGUCGAUAUUUAAGAGUUAGAGGAAUAAAGAUCAAUGCAGAGUAAGUAAAUAGACACAGCGAGUGAGCGAAUAUGUGAGUGUGUAAAUAUACAAAUGAGUUUCCAAACUGAUGAUCAGAUUAUGUGAUGAUUGUUCUAUAAACAUACACGCUGAAGUGUGUGUGUGUGUGUGUGUAGACGUGAGUCAUUUGUGUGUCAGAUUGAGAAUACAGUGGUGCUCCGUGAAUUAUAUGUUCAGUAUUAUAGGCUUCCUGCCAAAAUCACUGUAAUGCACUUAAAACGACACAGUGGUGUUAGACAUGUUUAUGGUUGUGGUGUACGAGUAUACAGUAUAUGAGCUUUUGUGUGUGUGCUCAUGGUGAGUGUGUGUGUGUGUGUACUAUGCUCAGUUCCUUUUGUUUUAUCCAGUGCUUUAAAUGGUUUAAAAGGGUUCAAGCAAAUCUGUGGCUGUGUAGAUAUUCAUUUGAUCAUAAGUUUGUGCACUUACACACACAAACACAGAAAUAAAUAAAAUGCCAGGUGAAUUACAAGGAGUAAAUGCCGAAAUUCUGAGAUUCUAGAUCAGUGUGGGAAGUUGAUGGGUUGUAAUCUCAGCAUAUGCAGAUUUCUCCUCAUCAUGUACAUUUAGUCAAUGAGUGCAGUAUGAAUUUAGGGAACCAAUCAGUCUGGUCCUGCCCCAUAAUUUGAUGUUAUUCUGCUUCAUGUGUUAUAAUUUUUUUGCACUACUUUCCAGAACAUUUAAUUUGUUUCUUUCUUAUUUUGUUUUCCUAAAUGUAACUUGACUUGUCAGCACAAUAUGAACUAAACUAUAUAUAAAAAAAAAAAAACUAAAAAUGUUUCCCUUUGGAGAAAAAAAUUAAAUAAUAAUAAUAAUAUAAUAACAAUAAUAAUAAAAAAACUGUACAAAUUGUAUAUGUGAAAAUUCCCUGUGUAUAAUAAAACUACUUAAAUGUA